CAUCCAGGCUGCUAAAUCGAACGAGGAGCAAUCGCUCUCCCUCGGCCCUACUGAGAGGAGCAAACUCCGACAUGUUUACAGUAAUGUUCCGUUAAAGCAGGCGACUGUGCGUGUUUUUUCCGGUACUUAUUUUAACUUAAACGUUAGGCAGGGGCCGUGUCUGUUUUUUAUUUAUCGGGAGCUCUGAAAGGUAGAAAAAUACGCUUAACGUGCUAAUGUGGGAGCUAAGAGCUAACCAUUGGGAUUCACUGGUGUCACUUGUUACCGCAGCUUGUAAACGUAUUCUUGGCGUAUCCGUGAACGGGAGAAACAUAAAUGUGCCGCUGCUGAUAUGAGCGUUACCACCGUGCGGGGAUACAUGUCGGCUUUAAAUACCCUCAGGUGUUAGUUGUGAAUGUUGUCACCUGCGUGCUCGCUGUUAGCCACGUAAACUGCUCCUGCUCGGCACUGACGUAGCAGCUGCAGCUUCCCUCUUCUGUGUAGCCGCAAACACUUGGUGUGAAUUGAAGGUGCCGGGGUUGUUAUCAGCAAGACCAAUAAAACCCAGAAAUCAGCAGGAUUGAACUCCACCUAAGGACAACAGCUGCAACUCACAAUGCUAUAGCUGGACUUGGAUUUCCUGGUGCUGUUGCAUUGAGCGGAUGAUGAAGCGGGCCAUCUGGCUGAUAUCAGGUUUAAACAGAAGAAUGAUGAAGCUUCUUAUUGCCCUCGCUUUGAUCGCCUAUAUUGCCUCUGUUUGGGGAACAUACAUGAAUAUGAGAGCAAUACAGGAACACGGUGAAAUGAAGAUUGAGGAGAGAAUUAAUGAAGCUGUGGCUCCUCUCAGAGAAAAGAUUCGUGAUCUGGAACAAAGUUUUUCUCAGAAAUACCCACCAGUGAAAUUCCUGUCGGAAAAGGAUCGGAAGAGAAUUUUGAUCACCGGAGGGGCUGGUUUUGUGGGUUCCCACCUGACUGACAAACUGAUGAUGGACGGCCAUGAGGUGACGGUGGUGGACAACUUCUUCACAGGGAGAAAGAGGAACGUGGAGCACUGGAUUGGUCAUGAAAACUUUGAACUCAUCAAUCACGACGUGGUGGAGCCUCUCUACAUUGAAGUUGACCAGAUCUAUCACCUGGCGUCUCCAGCCUCUCCCCCCAACUACAUGUACAAUCCCAUCAAAACACUCAAGACCAACACCAUAGGCACUCUUAACAUGCUGGGCCUGGCCAAACGUGUGGGCGCGAGACUUCUCCUUGCUUCUACUUCUGAGGUUUAUGGAGAUCCUGAAGUGCACCCUCAAAAUGAGGAGUACUGGGGGCAUGUGAACCCAAUUGGUCCUCGAGCGUGCUAUGAUGAGGGCAAACGCGUAGCAGAGACUAUGUGUUACGCCUACAUGAAACAGGAAGGAGUAGAGGUGAGGGUGGCGAGAAUCUUCAACACGUUUGGCUCGAGGAUGCACAUGAACGAUGGGCGGGUCGUCAGUAACUUCAUCCUUCAGGCUCUGCAGGGAGAAGCUCUCACCGUGUAUGGCACCGGUUCCCAAACGCGAGCCUUUCAGUAUGUCAGUGAUCUGGUGAACGGCCUUGUCUUGUUGAUGAACAGCAACAUCAGCAGUCCAGUCAAUCUGGGAAACCCGGAGGAACACACAAUAUUGGAGUUCGCUCGUCUCAUCAAAAGUCUCGUGGUGAGUCGAAGCCAGAUUCAGUUCCUGCCCGAGGCCCAGGACGACCCGCAGAGGAGAAGACCUGACAUCCGGAAAGCCAAGAUGAUGCUCGGCUGGGAGCCGGUGGUGCCCCUGGAGGAAGGCUUGAACAAAACCAUCCAGUACUUCAGUAGAGAACUGGAGCACCAGGCCAACAACCAGUACAUCCCCAAACCGAAGGCCGCCCGCAUGAAGAAAGGAAGACCCAGGCACAACUGAAGCAGGGUCUCCACCCUCACACAUUCUCCGACAAAACUGAGAGAGUCCUUAAAGAGCCGCUCUUUGAAAUACACUGCUGAGUAAUGCGCCCCGCGGACACGGCGUCUCCUCUGAUGAGAGGCCGCGGCGCUUUGUCUUAAAACUCUAUCGAGAUGGCGUUGCCUUUGUGUUGGAGCUGCGGCUGCGUCGUGGCUAAAAGCGUCCUUAACCGGAGCUCGCGUGACUAACGGACAAGCCUGAAUCAGAGAGGCAACAAAUCUGAAAUCCAGCCUACCUUUUUUUUUUUUUUUUUUUGUGAAUUUGUGCUUUUUGCUAUUUAAAUCGCAGGCGUGAGAAUCGUGCAAACAGCCUGACUGUGCAUCUGUGCUUUGUUAUUAUUUAAUCCGUUUCAUGAACUUUCGUCUCUAGAGAUGAGCCGCCCGGGUUGUUUUUUUUUUCCCCACUGGAUGAUUUGUCCUCUUCUCCUCAGUGGGCAAAAACCUUCGAGAAAGACUCUCACGACAUCAGUAUGUGGUUUUUCGAGACAUCGUGAUGUCUCAUGUCAGGAUGUGCAUUAUCAGUUUGAGGUGAAGAUGCUAUUUUAAUAAAAUAUUUCCAAUAUUUUGUGUAUGGUAUAGAUAGUUAAGAUGUUUUUUUUUU